AUGUCGACCACGAGCGGCCUCAACGUCAUCGCCCUGAUUUCGGGAGGAAAAGACUCGCUCUACAGUCUGCUGCACUGUUUGGAGAACGGGCACAAGCUCACCGCAUUGGCGAAUCUCUACCCAAGCAGCAGCAACAGUUCACGUGACUCAUCCGUGUUGUCGCCAGGAAAGGAUGGACCACACCAAACGUCCCACGACGAGGACGACGGCGAGGGCGAGCAAGAAGACCUCAACAGCUUCAUGUACCAGACGGUCGGCUACUCCGUGAUCCCGCUGUACGCGGAAUGCCUCGGUUUACCUCUCUACCGAAGGGCUAUCACCGGGUCAGCCGUCCAGACUGGCCGCUACUACGAUUCGAGCGACCUCGAAGAAUCUGCCGAUGAGACCGAGGACCUGAUCCCACUGCUGCAGGAGAUCAAGCGCGCACAUCCGGAAGCGAGCGCAUUAUGCUCAGGCGCGAUCCUAUCGACAUACCAGCGCACGAGAGUCGAGUCGAUCGCCGUGCGCCUGGGCUUGACUCCGCUCGCGUACCUGUGGCAGUAUCCUGCUCUCCCACCACCAGUCGGACGUCCGGAAUCUCUGACAGGCUUGUUGGAAGACAUGGCGUCUGCGGGGUGCGAUGCGAGGGUGAUCAAGAUCGCCAGCGGCGGGAUUCCGGAGAGUCUGCUGUGGGCGAACGUCGCUGAUCCGCGAACGCGGCACAGGCUUGUCACUGGAUUGGCGCCGUUCUUCCCUGAGCGUGAGUUCUGGCUGCGAGGAGCCGUGCUCGGUGAGGGUGGUGAGUAUGAGACUUUGGCUGUUAAUGGGCCGAGGAGGCUGUGGAGGAAGCGCAUUGAGGUUCCAAAUGCGCAGAGGGAGGUUCUGACUCUUGAGGGCGGUGUUAGCUAUGUGAAGCUGGGUAAGGCUAGGGUCGUCGAGCAGGAUGCUGAUGUGUCUGUGGAGGGGGUCGAAGAUGGUGCUGUGCCUCUCCCGGGAUCUCUUGAUGAACAGUUUCGACGAACUCUUGCAGAAGUGCAGGCAUGGCAGGGCCGACGUGGUGGUGAUGCGAAAUCGAGUGCUGAGACUCCGCCAGUCACUGAGCAAAGACACAUUUCUUCCGAUUGUCUACAGUUCCGAAUCACUUCCACGGCCUCGACUAUGUUCAUUGCCAACAUUACUAUCAGAAAUACAGCAGUCUAUGGGACUCGAGAUUUCUCUGCCAAGGAGCAAAUGGAGCAGAUUGUCGAGCACCUCGAGAAGCUAUUGACAUCGCAAUCCACCAACGGUGGCAAUAUACAACCAACACCGUCGAGUAUCGUCUCCACGACUCUACUGCUCAAAAAUAUCGCCGACUUCGCCGGUAUUAACAUAGUAUAUGCAUCACUGUUUCGACCAGGAGAGCCGAAUCCUCCCGCUCGAGUGACGUUCGCGUGCGACCUUCCAGCCGGCACCGACGUCAGCCUGAGUGUGGUGCUCAGCCUCGCGCCACGCGAGUCGAGGCGUGGGCUCCAUGUCCAGAGCAGAAGCUACUGGGCACCGGCGAAUAUCGGGCCGUACAGUCAAGCCAUCUGCCAGCCUCUUGACCAAGGCGUCAAUGCGGAUUUGAACGUCCAUGACGCGGGUCUGAUCGAGAUCGUUCACAUUGCAGGUCAGAUACCUUUGGUGCCGCAGAGCAUGGAUGUCCUGCAAGCCCCUUUUCUCCAUCAAGCCGUGUUGAGUCUCCAGCAUCUUUGGCGGGUGGGACAGGAGCGUGGGAUUGACUUGUGGCCUUGGGGAAUCUCUUUUUUGGAGGAACAGGGACAGGGUACAAGUCACUCGAGAGCAGAGCAGGCUUCAAAGGUAUGGCAAUAUACUCACCGGAUAGGAAUAACGCAUGAGGAUGACUCCUCCGAUGACGAGGACCAAGAUGGCCCUGAUGCUUGGGACCUACGGUUCAAUCGCUCUGUGACGUUCCAAUCUUCUCAUUCGCAUACAACUAUCGGUGCACAUCUUCAUACCUUGCCGAAUCCCAACGUGUUCACCUCACCCAUGUCGAAGGCUACCUACAUACCUAGCUUCAUCGCAGCGACAGUGACUGCUCUGCCACGGAAUGCUCCGGUGGAAUGGUGGAGCCUUGGACUUGCAAAUCUACCAACAUUCGGGACAUCGAGACCUUGUGUAAAAGUGGUCGCAGGAUCUUAUGAUUGGGGCAAUAGCUCAGCGGUGACCAUAACGCCAACACGUCCGCGGGCAAGAGAUUUGUCGCGGAGGAAAAGUUCGGUCACGACAUUGGUUACAAUCAUGAUGAACAUGCUCCCAUCAACCACUGCAGAUGCCGAGAUCGAUUCCAUUGACAUCGAGAAACAUGUGUCCAGCCUCCUCUCUUCGGAAGACAAUGCAGACACGAGGAUCGACUUACCACUUGACUUAUGCCACGGCACAGCAUUCAUCUCAUCCGAAGGCGAAAGGCAGUGGAUGCAGGUGGCUAACAGGACCAGCCUGGCUGCCAUCACGGUGGUGCCCUGCACAUCACUGUUUGGCAGCCCUGCCAUGGAGAUUAGCAAAGAAAGCAGCGAGUUUUCCUACUCCACACGAAAUGGUGAGAGGCACACGUCGGACAGCUCAGACGUUAGCUGCCAGCCACUCAGUGUCGCCUUGACCCUUCGCAUUGAGCACUUGGUGGACACGGAUUUUUGA